CAGAGGUCGAGGAGGUUUAAGGUUUUUACUUUUUAGAGUGUUUGUCUGCGGAUAGUCUUUGGACUUAUCUAAAACCAAACCUGCGAUUCGCCUCCUCUCUGUCUUUAGUAUUAUUGCCAAAGUUUCGAUUUUGUAAUCUAUCUUUGUUUCUUCUGCGAAAUCGUUCUUCGAUGGCAAAAGACGGACCUAAUUGGGAUGGAUUGCUUAAAUGGAGUCUCUCUCACGCCGACGGUACUCUACCAACUCGCCAGUUAAGUGAGGAAGAUAGGAAGUGGUUUAUGGAAGCUAUGCAAUCACAGACUGUAGAUGUAGUCAAACGCAUGAAGGAGAUUACACUCGUUAUGAAAACACCUGAAGAUGUUUUGGUUGAUCAUGGAGUCACACCUCAAGAUAUCGAAGAUUUGCUGGAUGAGUUGCAGGAGCACGUUGAAUCAAUCGAUAUGGCUAAUGAUCUUCAUUCCAUUGGAGGCUUGGUUCCUCUUCUUGAGUUUCUUAAAAACUCUCAUGCUAAUAUUCGAGCAAAAGCGGCGGAUGUCGUGAGGACGGUAGUUCAGAACAAUCCUCGAAGUCAGGAGUUAGUUAUGGAAGCCAAUGGUUUGGAGUCACUGCUAUCAAACUUCACAUCAGACACAGAUGUUCAUGCUAGAACUCAAGCUCUCGGCGCAAUAUCAUCUUUGAUUCGCAAUAACAAACCUGGAGUCACUGCUUUCAAGCUUGCCAAUGGUUAUGCUGGUUUAAGAGAUGCUUUGGCAUCUGAUAGUGUGAGAUUCCAAAGGAAAGCCUUAAACUUGUUGCAAUAUCUUCUACAAGAAGAUGAUUUGGACCGUAAUAUUGCCACUGGACUUGGAUUCACCAGAGUGAUGAUUCAUCUCGCGUCUAGUGACGAUGCUGAGACAAGAGAAGCUGCUCUUCGUGUAUUGCUCGAGCUUGCAAGAGAGAGAAAAGAUGGUAGUGGAUGUAGCAGCAUAGAGAAAGACGAUGAGAAACUGAGACAGCUUCUAGAAGAGAGGAUCAAACUAAUCAGCUUGAUGUCACAAGAGGAUCUCGUAACGGUUAAAGAAGAGAGACAACUCGUGGACUUACUGUGGAGGGUUUGCUACAAUGAACCUUCUUGUUUGGGAGAGAAAGGGCUUCUUGUUCUUCCCGGUGAAGACGCGUUGCCUCCUGAUGUGGCAAGCAAGCUCUUGGAGCCUCUUCUCAGAGCUUCUGCAGCACAUGGUAAUUCCACUGAGAAGAAAGAUGAACCUGUGAAACUACUUUGACCAGCACCACAGGCAAGAACUUGAAGCUAAGUUAUAUGUUUUUGUUUUGUCCUGUAACAUUUCAAAAUUUCAGACAAAAUACUCAUAGAUUUCAAUGUGAAGAAUCAAUCUACUGUUUAUGUUAUGGCAAAUUAUAACUUUUGAUGAUUUGAGAUCUAUGUUACUAUUGUUGAUUUUG